AUGCCGGGUAAAUGUGGCCAAGAAAUAAUAUUUAAUCAGUCCAUUCUGGGAAAGAGCAACUUUGUCGAUUACAGAGGAACCACAGAAUUCACUAGGUGGGCAAUACUUUACUCGUCGGUCAAUACUAUGACUCGUGAUACCCCUGAAGAUGUCAGCACUGCAGGUGCAAAGGAUAUUUUAGAGGUUUUAAACCUACUAAAGGGAGGAGAAGAGAAAAUAUCAGAAGUGGAACUUAAGUUGGACGAAAUGGAAAAGAAAAUGGACUCUCUAUUAGUUCAGUUAGAGGAUCUGCACAAGGACAGCAACGAUUUGGCGAAAAGUUCCAGCCAAAAAUAA